GUUUAACCAAAAAGAACUUCUUCUACUGCUCUCCCGCCUCUCGGAUUUUGGAGUUUCCAUUUCUUGUCGCCGCAUUUUCUUUGCUCAAAAGAAUGGAGUGUUUUCGAAUUUUGUAGCUUCAUUAUUCAGCAUUUUGUUUUGGAGCUACUGGAUUUGUUUGAAUUAGCUGCUUGUUUGUUGACUAUGUUGAGCUUAAGCUUUUUCCCAGCCAGGGGAAGUUGCAGAGUGGAUUUUAGUGAUAGUGGUAUAUAUUUUUUUUGUUGUGUUCAUUAAUGGAGAAAACUUCUCCCGGUGAACUAAGUGUGUUUUAUCGGUUUCUAUCAAGUACCAAUUAGUUUUGCGAAGCUUGGGUGUGGAGAAUUUUCAGAAUCUGUAACACAUGCGACUAUCGGAACCCUAAUCCUGUCCGGAAUUAGGGUUUUCUUCGUGCUGUUUAGAUGGUUAUUGAAGAUGGGGAAAGCAAUGGGAAUUGCACGGGACGCCCUUUGGAGGUCAAGUUCAUGAAGAGCGUGGCAGGAAAAAAUGGAAUCGGGAUGGGGGUUUUGAAUGUUGUAACUGAAGGGGGGGUUCCAGGAACUAGCGAUGGUUUUCGAACUUACAAGCGGCGGAAGCAGACGAAGUUGGCUUUUGGGAGCGAAUGCAUGGGAGAUGGCAAGGUUCAUGUUGAAGCUGCUAGUCAACUAGUGUUCCAGACUGUUCAAGAAACUUUAUACACGCUAAGAGGCAGUAACUCCUGUGAUCAUGUCCAUUCUCCAAUGGUCAAUUUAGAUGAGUGCCCAGAGGACCUCUGGAGAUCUGUUUUGUUACAGCAGAUAUACCAGUCAUCAAGUGUCAAUGGAGGCAAUGUACACGAUGGCCUUGCUUCUCAUUCAGGAGCCAUUGACCCCUCAAGAUUUAAGAUAUUUGAUGCUCAACAUGGAAAUAGCAAUAUUGACCUUCUACGUACUGGAUCAGUGUCUAGUAGAGUUCAGAUGGCAUCUCAUAAAGAGAAUGGUGUUGUAUCAAGUGGAUCAUUAGAAAAUUCGAACAGAUGUAGUGUUAGUGAGAGUUGCUGGCGAGCUUUCUUUAGUAUUAUAGAUUCACAGAAGUUUAUCUCAUUGUGUAAGCUUCUAUCUGAAAAUUUCAGAGGAAUCAAGGCUGAUAAUGUUUUUGACUUUAGUCUUGUAAACUCAAGGAUCAAAGAAGGGGCUUAUGGAAACUCACCCAUGCUCUUCCUCUCUGACGUACAACAGAUAUGGAGAAAGUUUCAAGCAAUUGGUACUGAGUUGGUAUCACUGGCAGAAAGCCUCUCAGACUUUUCCAGAGCCGCUUAUCAAGAAAAGGUGGGAGUUUCAGGACGCAAUGUAUUUGAAGAUGGGAAGCAUGAGUUCUCUACGCGGGAAUCACCUUCUCAUGCUAAAGCAGAGCAUAUGGAUGGUUAUGGUGUGUAUAAAGUUUGUGCCUGCAGAAGUUGUGGAGAGAAAGCAGAAGGGAUUGAUUGUCUGGUUUGUGAUUCAUGCGAGGAAAUUUACCAUAUAUCUUGCAUCAAACCUCCCGUCAAGGAGAUUCCCCUUAAGAGUUGGUUCUGUGCUAGUUGCAUUUCAAGCGGAUUUAGUUUGUGUCAUGACAACUGUGUAGUAUGUGAGAGGUUGAAUACGCCCACAAUGCUAGCCAAUGGAGUUGGUGAAAUUCUGGAAACUAGUGAAGUCAAUGAGAAUCUGAACUGUUGUUUAGAUGAUGGAAUUGAACAACUAAAUGACAGCAAAGAUUUGGGCCCUUGCAAAAUUUGUGGAAAUGGAGUAGAAAGUGGUGAUAAUUUUAGAAUAUGCAGCCACCUGUUCUGCCCUCACAAAUGUUAUCACACCAGGUGCUUGACAAAGAAACAGUUAAAAUCUUACGAUACAUGCUGGUACUGCCCUUCUUGUCUUUGCAGAGCAUGCCUCAUAAAUCAAGAUGAUGACAAGAUUGUUUUAUGUGAUGGCUGCGAUCAUGGAUACCACAUUUACUGUAUGAGACCACCACUUGCUGAAAUUCCAAAAGGAAAAUGGUUUUGUAGCAAAUGUGAAGCUGGAAUUGAGGCAAUACGUAGGGUGAAAAGGGCAUAUGAGAAUUUUGAACACAAGCGAAGUAAGAGAGGGAAAAAUACAUUUGGGGGUUAUGGCAAUUCAGGCAAGAAACGGAUCAAUGGAGGUGAUCAGGAAUCGGAUACAGGAAGGAGAGGAAUGGACAUGCUUCUUACUGCGGCCAAGACCCUAAAUUAUGAAGAGGGUCUGGCUAACCUUUGAUAUAAAUAGUUGAUAAGAGAGAAGGUCUGAAGCACAAAUUAUUUCAUGCUGACUGAUUACACAUUUUAAUCUCUUAGAAUUUUGUUUUAUUAUGUUCAUGGACUCGAUAGGUUUUGGACAUUUAGGCAUGCUGACUUUUUGGGAGAUUAUAACUUGGAAUGAUGUAUGUAGUCUGUGUAAAAGAAACUUGGCACAUCUUAAACUGAAGAUUCUGAGAAACCAGGACGCUGUUUGAUUAAAAGGAGAUCUAGGUGAGAAUCAACCAUGUAUGGUUUUACUCAUUUUGUACCAUGAGAGGUAUAUAAUCUCCAAGGAUUGGGAGAAGGCCGACGUUUCGGUUCUAUUGUAAAAUUCAUUUAACACAAUGACAACCAGAGGAAUGAUGCCUUUUGUACGUAUUCUUAGGCUUUCUUUGGAUAUAUAUUUAUUAUAUUAUCAUUUGUAAUGUAUGCUAUAUUUUGGGAUUUUGUAUCUAAUGUCGAAUUCUGUGUUCUUUCUUCAA